ACUUCCGUGUGUCAAGUCAUAAACUGGUACAGAAGACAGUCGCCAGCACUCGCGGCUGGUACAGUAGCUGCCGUUUAGGUUUCAGAACCUUCGAAGUGUCUACGCCUUGUACAUUUCUUACAAAAGCGGACUGGAUGCGCUGCUCCUCCACACUUUCUGAGAAAAUCUACUACUGCCUGUAUGCGACGGCACGCGCUGCCCACUGGGAACGCAUUGUGUUUCGCGAUAAGAAGCUGCAAAAGAGGAGGAGUUUGCGAAGACGGGAGCUUCGGCUAGUGCGAAUGUCUCGUGCUUUUUCAACUGCUAUGGUUAUUGAGGAGUAGACAGCGUGCAACAUGGUGUUUGAAUCGGUGGUGGUGGACGUCCUGAAUAGAUUCCUUGGGGAUUAUGUGGUGAAUUUAGACAGUUCACAGCUUAAGCUCGGCAUAUGGGGAGGCAAUGCUGUUCUCAAAAAUCUUGAUAUUAAAGAAAAUGCCUUGAGCCAACUGGAUAUUCCAUUUAAAGUAAAAGCAGGCCACAUAGAAAAGUUGGAACUAAAGAUUCCUUGGCAAAACCUCUAUACUCAGCCUGUUGAAGCCACCCUCAUUGGAGUCUAUCUCCUUAUUGUACCUACUGCCAGUAUAAAAUAUGAUUCUGAGAAAGAAGAUAAGCAGCUACAAGAAGCUCGUCAAAGAGAGCUGCAGAGAAUUGAAGAAACAAAACAGAAAGCAGCAGAAAGAGAAAACCCAAAGCAAGAAAAGCAGGACACAUUUGUUGAAAAGUUAGUGACACAGGUUAUCAAGAACCUACAGGUGAAAAUCUCAAAUAUCCACAUUCGAUAUGAAGAUGAUGUGACUAACCCAAAAAUACCAUUGUCCUUUGGUGUUUCACUUCAGAACCUCAGUCUUCAGACUGCAGAUGCAAGCUGGAAUCCAUGUGUUCUUGAUCAAACAGCCAAGUUGUUCUUUAAGCUUGUUCGUCUGGAUAAUUUGUUUACUUACUGGAAUGUAAACUCAGAACUUUAUUCUAAUCAUGUUCCACAUGAAGCCCUUGAGAAUUUAAAGCAUGGAAUUGCCUUGCACAACCUGAUUCCAGAAGGUUAUGAUUUUAUUUUUCGUCCCAUUUCUGCCAAAGCGAAACUUAAGAUGAACCCUCGCUCAGAUAUUGACUUUUCUUCACCCAAAGUGGACUUACAAGUGAACCUGCAGGAUAUUGCCAUAGAGCUCAGCAGACCACAGUAUCACAGUAUUUUGGAGCUUCUUGGUUCAGUUGAUAGGAUGACCCUCAAUUUACCUUACCGAAAAUACAGACCAGAUGUUCCUGUACACUAUAAUGCAGUAUUAUGGUGGAAAUAUAUUAUUACUGGCAUUCUGGAGGUUAAUGUUAAACCUAGACUUAGGAUGUGGUCAUGGAAGUACAUACAUCUGCAUCGACAACAUGUGAAGGAAUACAAAGAAAAGUAUAAAAGAAAGAUAACAAACAAGGAGCCAAGUGAGCAGCUGUUGAAGUCCCUAAUGGAAUCUGAAAGAACAUUGGAUAUUUUUAACAUCACUCUUGCUCGACAGCAAGCAGAAAUGGAGGCUUCAAAGGCAGGACUGAAGAUUUACAGGCCUGGAGUAAAGAUGGAUGAAGAGGAGUCUGGAGGAUGGUUUGGCUGGAUGUGGAACUGGUCGGGUGAAAAGAAAGAAGAUAAAGAGAUAAAAGCUUCAGGCUUUGAAGAACUGAUGACUCCUGAAGAGAAAGCAAAACUGUAUAAGGCCAUUGGGUAUAGUGAAACAGCCAUUGACCCCACUCUGCCAAAAGAGUUUGAAGCCAUGAAAGUGUCUGUCCAGUUAAUAAGCAUGUCUGUUUCGAUUAAAGAGAACAAGAGUAAACCAGACUUACUCAGAGUUGUUGUUAUUGAUCUGGGAGCACAGUUGACUCAAAGACCUGGUGCACAAGCUGUUAAAUUUUCUUCAAAAAUAAGCACAUUUGAAGUAAUUGGACUUGAGCAGAACAAGACUAGCCCAAUGUUGCUAUCCCAAAAAACAAAAACAAAGGAUCAAGAACUUCUCAGCGUUUUGUUUGAAACCAACCCUCUUGAUGAAUCUGCAGACCAGAGAUUAAGGGUUGAAUCACAACCACUGGAAAUUGUGUAUGAUGCUGUUACUCUGAACAGCUUGUCAGAGUUUUUUAGGCCUCCGCAGGAUGUACAUUUGGAUGAGUUGACUUCAGCCACUUUGAUGAAGCUGGAAGAGUUCAGAGACAAGACUUCAACAGGAUUAAUGUAUGUGAUAGAAACUCAGAAAGUGUUGGAUCUGAAAAUCAACCUGAAUGCUUCCUAUGUUAUAAUUCCACAGACGGGUUUCUAUACUUCUUCUGAAAACCUUCUUAUCUUAGACCUUGGACAUCUGAAAGUAAAAAGUAAAAGUCGUAAGGAUCUUCCUCAGUUAUCCAUUGGACAUAGCAGUAUUGAAGACAUUAUGUCUCGGGCAUAUGACAGUUUUGACAUACAGCUAAGCAGUGUGCAAUUACUUUUUAGCAAGCCAGAUGAGAAUUGGAAGGAAGCUAGAAAUCUGAAAAAAUCUUCGCUUCAUAUUUUGGAACCAUUAGAUCUGAAAGUUGAGUUUAGCAGAGCAAUGGUUGCAACAGAUUCACGAAUGCCAAAGUUUAAGGCUUUUGGGGAGCUUCCUUUGCUAUCUUUUUGCAUAUCUGAUGAAAAACUAAGAGGAACACUUGCAUUAAUAGAUAGCAUCCCACUGGCAAGCAGCUCUCCUCCGGUUUCCCAACCCCAGAAUACUCCACAGGUUUUGAAGUACCCUGUUACCAUGACACCUCAGCUGGAAUUGCAUAGAAAAUCAUUAACUGAUCUACGAUCAUCAAUUGUUUUUGAAUCAGAAUCAGAAGAAGAAUUUUAUGAUGCUCCAAGUUCACCUGUAGAAGAUCUGCCCUUUUUUGAUGCUAAAACUGCUUCUUUGGACAGAUCAAAUUCAAUUAAAAGAAAGCAGCUAAAGAAGCAGGAAUCCAUAAAAAAUAUGACAAGUUUACAAAUGAGAUUUGAAAUAAAUGUGGUUUCAAUACAGUUGUCUCGUCUUUCUGGCAAUACUGAGAUUACAGUUCUACAACUCGAAAUUGAAGGGUUAGGUACAGAGCUGAACUUGCGUACUUUUGAUAUGACAUCAAAUACGUUCUUAAAGGAAAUUUGUUUAAAAUGCCCUGAAUACAUGGAUACCGAGGAAAAACCUGUUCAGAUAAUUACUACCCUAGACAACACAGAAGAAGACCUGCUUACUCUAGAGUAUAUAAAGGCAGAUAAGAAUGGGCCAGAGUUUACAACCCAAUAUAAGAACACAGAGCAGCUUAUAAAGUUUAAUUUUUCCUCUCUGGAUAUGCAUUUACACACUGAAGCAUUGUUAAAUGCAGUGAACUUUCUGAACAGCCUUUUACCACCAGCAAAGAAAAAGGAGACUAUUGAAGAACCAGUUACAGUUGUUGAUGAGGAGAAAAAAGAAGAAUCUACUCAAAGUAGAAAGAUGAGUACAAAGAAGUCCAAAUUUGAAGAUGUUGUCAAUAUGCAUGUCUGUGCUGUAUUGACAUGCUUAAAAAUUUUCAUUCGAGGUCAGAAACGGAGAAUUUCCGAAAUAAGCAUUGAAGGUCUGGACUCUGAAGUAGUCAUGAGAAAAAAAGCAACAGAAGUGAUGGCAAAGUUGAAGAAUAUUGUUAUUCUAGAUUGUCAUGAAAAAGCUCUUUAUAAGAAGGCUGUUUCCAUUGUGGGGAAGGAAGUGUUCAGCUUUAAAAUGAUAUCUUAUGUUGAUGCUACAGAAGGGGAUGCGUACACAGAUAUGAAUAUCGUUGAUAGCUCUGUCAGUCUCACAGUGGGCUGCAUUCAAGUCAUCUUUGUAAAUAAGUUUGUCUCAUCAAUUCUGGCUUUUAUAAAUAAUUUCCAAACUGCCAAGGAAGCUGUAACUGAAGCAACAGUCCAAGCUGCAGGGAAGGCAGCUACAGGAGUCCUGGAAAUGGCUGAGAAGAGUACCCGAAUGGCUUUGGAUGUCAAUGUAAAGGCCCCUGUGGUUUUCAUACCCCAGUCUGCCAUGUCUACAAAUGUAAUUGUCGCAGAUUUUGGUCUGAUUACUGUAAAGAAUCAGUUCUCACUUGUACAAUCAAAAACACAUAUCAAGAUCCCUCCUAUUAUUGACGGCAUAAAAAUUGGAUUAAGUGACCUAAAAUUAUAUCGGACAACCUUUAUAAAUGGCAAGUUUCAAUUUGAACUUCAGCUUCUGCAACCAGUGAACCUGGAUUUGGUUGUUGAACGGAAUUUGUCUUCAUCAUGGUAUCAUAGCAUUCCAGAUAUCAAAAUUAUUGCACACCUGAAACCCAUGAAUCUUAUUCUCAGCCAAGAAGACUUGACUGUUGUGCUAAGAACCCUAAAUGAAAAUUUGCAGGACAGUGAAGACAAGUCUGUCACUCCUCCAACAGUGGAUAUUUCCAAGGAUGUAUCUACUAAUGAUCCACUAAUGAAUCAGAAGCCUGGAGGUACUACAGUUAUCACAGCAGCAGUGGUGGAAGCUCAAAAGCCUGCCAGACUUAAAUCAACCCUUAAGUUGAAUUUUCAGUUUGACUCUUUGACGCUGGUAUUGUAUAGCUCUGCAGGGACACAGAUUACUACUUUGGAACCAAGAGAUGAACAUUUGAAACUUGCACAAUUUACUUUAGGAUUGAUUUCAACUUCUGUAACAAUGCUUUCUGAUAGUUCCAUGAAGGCCUCUGUAAAACUUUCAAACUGUCUGCUGGAUGAUAAACGUCAGAAAGUACAGAAGGCUUCCUGCAGAAUGGUGGAAAUGAAAUCUGGAUCAGAAAAAAAUGUGAUGGUGGACAUAAAUUAUCGACAGUCAGCUGAAGGCACUGUUCUUGAUACAGUUGUCCGGGACAUUUACCUUUGUGCUAGUAUGGAGUUUCUUCUCACAGUUGCAGAUGUCUUUGUUCAGGCUAGUCAGCACAGUUACAAAGCUACUCAGAACACCACCAAGCAAGUGGUGGUUGCAACAAAAGAACAAGUAAUUUCCUCUCAACCAGUUGCCAAAAUGGAAAUAAAUGUGCAAGUAAAAAAUCCGGAGAUUGUUUUUGUGGCAGAUUUGUCAAGAGGAGAUGCACCAUCUUUGGUAGUCACAACCCAAUGUGAGGUCAACAUUAAAAAUGACUGCAAUAUUCAACAGAUGACAGCAGCCAUUAAAGAUCUGAAAGUUGUUGCUUGUCCAUUUUUAACUGAAAUGAGAAGAAACAACAUCACAACCGUUCUCCACCCCUGUGAUGUGUUUUUUCAAAGCUUACAGAAUACAGGUCUGCCACAAGAAAUUGAGCUUGCUGUUAAAUCCCUUACUCUGAAGGUUUCACCAAUUAUUAUCAACACAGUAUUAACUAUCAUCUCAGCACUUUAUCCGACUGCAGAGACACCAGCAGAAUUAACCAGUCCAGUUCCACCAAAUUUGUGGGAUACAAAAGACGCUAAAGAUCUUAAUCUAUGGUUUCUAGAAGAACAAACUAACACUGAAGACAAACCAGUGACUCCACUCAUUCCUACAGGAGAGUCUUUGAAAAUGAAUAUUGAAUCAAUAAUAGUCACACUUGAGGCUGGUAUCGGACAUAGAACUGUCCCAAUGUUGCUUGCAAAAUCUAGUUUUUCAGGGGAUGUAAAAAACUGGAGUACCCUCAUCAAUCUUCAGAGCAGUAUAAAUUUGGAGGUACACUAUUUUAAUGAGAUACUGGGUGUCUGGGAACCUCUUUUGGAGCCCUUGGAGAAGGAAUCCACUGAUGAUUUCAGACCGUGGGCCUUAAAUAUUAAGAUGAAAAAAAAACCUUUAAAGCACAACGAAGAACAGGAUGAGACCGAUUUCAGUAUUCCUGAUUACAAAACUGUUGUUACCAUUUCUUCCAAAGAUCAACUGAAUAUGACAUUGUCAAACUGUGGACUGGUAAUGCUUAGCAAUCUUGGCAAGGCAUUUGCUGAUGCAGCUAGCCAGACCGCAGAAAAUUUCCAGAAAGAUCAAGCACCUUUUGUUGUGAAAAAUUGCCUGGGGACAUGUGUUUCCAUAUCACAUAGCAACACAUUCAGUGUGAUUGGUGUUGAAUCCAGGAAGAAGGUGUAUGAAUUGCAAGAUGGAGGAACUCUGAACAUGGAUUACCUGAGAACCAUGACAGAGACUGAGCAGUUCACUGCCAUGACAUGCAUGAGCAGCAAGACACAUUAUAUUCAGCUUACUCCAAAUGAUCACUCUUCUGCAGACAGAAUUUCUUUGGAAAAAGUGGGACGUGGCAUGUAUAGUGUACUUCAUCAGGCCUCGGGAGUCUUACGAUAUAUUGUUUGUCAUAUUUACACCUUGGAAGGUAGCAAGGUGGUAACAAUACACUCUCCAUUUCAGAUUAGGAAUCAUUUUUCCAUACCAUUCAAGGUUUUUGAUGAUUCAAAGCUUCUUGGAGUAGUUUUACCUCAGGAAGACUUUUGUAUUCCACUGAACUCAUACAGAUCUGCCCUUACCUUGCAGCCAGAAGAUAACACUGACGGAAGUUACGAAAAAUGUGAAGAAUUUACUUAUGACAUAGUUGUGAAACAACUGGAAUCCAGCAUGCAAAGGAAAUGUCAUCAUUCUGGGUCUAAUGUCCAGUCGUUUAUUAUAAAUUUAGUUACAACGGAAGAUUCUGUAACUGUGGGUGCAAAAGAGGAUAACUUAGACAAACCUUAUACUGUUCACCUUUGGCCAACAGUUCUUUUGAGAAAUUUAUUGCCUUACUCUAUUACAUACUCUUUAGAGGAAAAUGAUAAUCACACCGUGACUGUGAAAGAAGGACGUUCAUCUGAAAUUCAUACUGCAGUUAUAGACCACACUAAAUUAAAAUUAUGUUUAUUGAACUACCUCAAUCAGGAUUGGAGAGGAGAAUAUAAUAUUAAAAGCAACCACCCAGAAAUUGAUUUCAUUCAGUUCAGUGCUCUCACUGAUGAUGACAAAACAGAACUAGACAUUGCUAUCCAUAUAACAUAUAAUGUUGGUCAAAUGGUUAUUGCUCUUCAUAGUCCUUAUUGGAUGGUAAACAAAACUGGACGGUUACUGCAGUACAAAGCCGAUGAUGUUCACCGAAAGCACCCACUAGAAUAUGAAUCACCUCUUCUUUUUUCAUUUAAGCCAAAGAAUUUUUUUCAAAACAAUAAGGUUCAGCUUAUGAUAUCUGAUAGCGAGCUAUCUGAUGGUUUUUCUCUUGAUACUGUUGGCAGCUAUGGUGAUGUCAAGUGUAAAGGCCGUCAAAAGGAUUUUAUGGUGGGCGUAAAAAUAGAUGCCAGCAGCUUUAGCUUGACUAGAAUUGUAACCUUCAUACCAUUUUAUAUGCUGGUUAACAGAACACAAUUGCACAUUGAAGUCUCAGAAGAAGGGAAAGAAAAUUGGACAUCAGUUACAUCAAAUAAUUCUGUACCCUUUUGGCCUGAGAAAGAUUCAAAGAAACUUAUGAUAAAAAUUUUGGGAUGUGAGAUGCCAUCUCAAAUGAUAGACUUUUGUAAACAAGAAAAUGGUCAUUUACUGCAUUUGGACAACAAGUUUGGAGGUGUCAUUGUGGAUGUCAAUGUGAAUGAGCAUUCUUCAAUUAUCAGAUUCAGUGAUUACCAUGAUGGUGCUGCUCCUUUUCUAAUUAUUAAUCAAACAAAAUCAGAAAUCAUUGAAUAUUAUCAGAGCAAAGAAAAAGAGAAACUGGAAUUACAUCCCGGUAAAGCAGUUUAUUACACCUGGACAAACCCAACUAAAUCCAGAAUAUUAAAAUGGAAAUGUGGAAAAAUAACAGGAGAAUUGCACCCUGAACAAGAUAAUUUCUUGGAACAAAGCAAUAUUUAUCUUGCAUCAUUUUAUGAAGGACUUCAGCGGGUUGCAUUGUUCACAGAAGAUAUUCAAAUAUACAGACUUAUCUGUGACAGUGAAAAAGCACAACUUGCUGAACUAGAUGUUGUAAUAUCAUUACAAAAUAUAGGAAUUUCUUUAGUUAAUAACAAUUACAAGCAAGAAGUCUCUUUCAUUGGCAUAACAAGCUCGGACAUUGUGUGGGAAACCAAACCAAAGCCAAAAUCAAGAUGGAAACCUAUGAGCAUCAAGCACUCAGAAUUACUUGAAGGAGAAUUUAGGCGAUAUAUAGAGUCUGGUCCUGUGAGUGAUUCAAUUAUUGAUCUUGCUCCAGAUUUCCAGGUAUGUUUGACCCCUACUGGCUCAGAAAUGAAAAUGUUUCUCCCCAAUGAAGCUCCAAUCAGAAGGAACUUCUUGCCAGCUUUAAAAGUGGAGUACAGUGUUUCGGCACGGCAGAAGUCCUACAGAAUUCAGCUUUAUAGGAUACAGAUCCAAAAUCAGCUUCCUGGAGCUAUCUUUCCUUUUGUAUUUUUUCCUGUAAAACCUCCAAAGUCUGUCACAAUGGAUUCAGAACCCAAGCCUUUGGCAGAUGUCAGUAUAGUAACUCGUUCUGCUGGACACUCUAACAUAUCUCGUAUAAAGUAUUUUAAGGUUUUAAUUCAGGAGAUGGACUUCAAGAUGGACAUGGGUUUCUUAUAUGCUCUUACUGAGAUUUUUACUCAAGCAAAUCAAGAAGCAAUGUCCUCAGGACUAGAGGUUGAACUUUUCGAAAAGGAUGUUGAGUACCUUAAAAUGCCGCUGGACUCGGGUUCUUCCACAGACACCUCUCCAGUUAGCUUGUAUGAAUACUUUCAUAUAUCUCCAAUCAAGUUACAUUUAAGCUUUUCUUUAAGCACUGGAGGAGAGGAUGGAAAUAGAGAAAAACGAGAUACUGAAUUUAUUCCUGUUCAGUCUUUGAAUCUGCUGCUCAAAAGUAUCGGUGCAACAUUGACAGAUGUUCAAGAUGUAAUUUUCAAGCUGGGUUUCUUUGAAUUGACAUACCAGUUCUGCACAACUCAGCAGCUUCAGUGGGAAGUAAUUAGACAUUACUCUAAACAGGCCAUAAAGCAAAUGUAUGUCUUAGUGCUUGGACUGGAUGUCUUGGGAAAUCCCUUUGGAUUAAUAAGAGGUUUAUCUGAAGGAGUAGAAGCCUUCUUUUAUGAACCCUACCAGGGAGCCAUUCAAGGUCCAGAGGAAUUUGUUGAAGGCAUGGCACUUGGAGUGAAAGCCCUAGUUGGAGGGGCUGUUGGUGGUAUAGCAGGAGCAGCUUCCAGAAUUACUGGUGCUAUGGCAAAGGGAGUAGCUGCUAUAACAAUGGAUGAAGAUUAUCAACAGAAAAGAAGGGAAGAAAUGAAUAGACAGCCAAGUGGUCUUAGAGAAGGCAUUACAAGGGGUGGAAAAGGCUUAGUGUCAGGUUUUGUUAGUGGAAUUACAGGAAUCGUUACGAAGCCUAUUAAAGGGGCUCAAAAAGAAGGAGCCACUGGCUUCUUUAAAGGAGUUGGUAAGGGCCUUGUGGGUGCUGUUGCUCGUCCUGCAGGUGGCAUUAUUGAUAUGGCAAGCAGUACAUUUCAAGGAAUUAAGAGAGCCACAGAGUCUUCUGAAGAAGUCGAAAGUCUUCGUCCACCUCGAUUCAUACAUGAGGAUGGAGUCAUUAGACCAUACAGAGAAAGAGAAGGUUUUGGUAGCCAAAUGUUACAGAAAAUAGAAAAUGGAAGAUUUGCCAAAUACAGAUACUUUGCCCAUGCAAAGGUGAAUGAUUCAGAUUUCUUCAUGAUCACAAAAAGUUGCAUAUUCUUUGUUACAAAAGGAACAUUUGGGCAACUAACUUGUGAGUGGCAAUACUGUUUUGAUGAGUUUACCAAAGAGCCAGUGAUAGUUGAAGGUCGAAGGCUCCGCAUAGAAGCAAAGGAAAGAGUAAAAUCUGUGUUUCAUGCCAAAGAGUUUGGAAAGAUAAUUAACUUUAAAACUCCUGAAAUUGCUAAGUGGGUCCUUAACAAACUAGAGGAUGCAAGAGAGAUCCUGCCAAAGUGCUAAGAUGUCAACAUUACUGGACACUUACUUGCCUUGUAUUUUUGUGCAUGUUUGAAAUGUGUUGAUGUACAGUAAUUGUCAAUGUGCACAAAUCUAAUUCUAAAAUUCUUAAGCACAUUGUAAUGCAUUUUUUUACAUUUAUUAUGGCCAUGUGGUAAUAGUUUAUUAUUUUUUAACUUUUAGGUAAUGAAUUAAUGAUUGAAAAGGGCAUUGCUCUUCCAGGAGAUUUUUUAAGAACUUGGUUAUAUAUUAUGUCAGUUAUAUUUAUACAUUUACUCUGUAUCUUUUUCAUAACAGUUAAUUGUUUUUGUACCUUACACACUACACAAUAUGUGAAACCUUUUCAAAGCUGAACAAACUUCAGGUGUGGGGGCAAAUUUUAUUAAUUUUCAAGUAAAAUCAUACACAAAGCAAAGUGGUAGUUUAUUCUUUAUGCAUGGCAGAGAUAUUAUUUUUAGUAUUUAUUUUGUAUAUCCUAAAAUGAGUGUUGAUUUUUCAUUUUGACUUUCAUUUUUGAACUAGUAACAAUAUCUUCAAAGAUAUAUUAAAAGACAUGUUAAUAUGUAGAAUUAUUAGUUACCCGUGUCACAUUAAAUGUGCUGGUUAUAUGAUGAUUUUAGUUGGUCACCUAACUUAGGUUGAAUUAUAAUGUUUCAAAUAAAGCUUGAACAUUUUCUCACAUUUUACCUCAUACUUAUCAACCAUACAAAUAUAUGAAUAGGUUUGGUUUGGCUUCACAUAACACCUCACCUACUAGAACUAACGCUUUGUGUAUGGAAAUAAAUAAUUUGCUGAAAAUAUAUUAAUUUAAUAUGUUGAAUCCUGUACAAAGCUAUGAAAUAUAGGGUAUUUUUAGUAACACAUUUAAAAUGUUAAAAAUGUAGUAAUAUAUAUUUUUUCUUGGUCGGCACAGUGGCGCAGUGGUAGCAC